CGCCUUCACCUUCGUAUCCAAACCCUCGUUUAAUUAUAGCUUGCUGCUACCGACGUGUGGUCUGAGCGCGAGCAUCUAGUAUCUUUAUUGUAGCCCUGUCUGCUCUCACCUUCUACAUCAACGACGACGUGCACAUCUCCGUCUGUCGCAAGGCUCAAUUCCGAAUCGCGCGCUAAUCGCCGGCACAUCACCCACACUCGCGGGCUUCAACAUGACAACGGGCGCCGACAUGCCGUCUAUCGGGGAGAAGCAGCCUCCGCACGCGGUCAACCCUCCAGAAUACUCAUUGAGUGACACGAAUUCAAAUGAGCUGCCUGCUUCGUGGAAAUACAGACGCUUCACUGUUCUCGGUUUCAAGCUGCCAUGGUUCGCGUCACCACCCGUCCAGCUGGUAAUUGUCUCCUUCGUCUGCUUCAUGUGCCCGGGCAUGUUCAAUGCUCUGAACGGCAUGGGUGGUGGCGGCCAACUUGACCCGACUGCCAACAACCGGGCCAACACAGCUUUGUACUCGACCUUUGCUGUUGUCGGCUUCUUUGCCGGCACCUUUACCAACAAGCUUGGCAUUCGCACUGCUCUGUCUUUUGGAGGCGUCGGAUACUCCAUCUACGUUGCCUCUUACCUAUGCUACAACCACACCCAGAACCUGGGCUUUACUACUUUUGCCGGUGCACUUCUCGGUGUAUGCGCGGGUCUGCUAUGGUGCGCCCAGGGCGCCAUCAUGAUGUCGUACCCUCCAGAGGAUUCCAAGGGUCGCUACAUUUCGUGGUUCUGGAUGAUCUUCAACCUUGGCGCUGUUAUCGGCAGUUUGAUUCCGUUGGGUCAGAACAUCAACACCAAGACUGCCGGCACAGUCAACGACGGUACCUACGUCGGCUUCCUUGUCCUCACGAUCCUCGGUGCUGCUCUCUCAUGGACCCUCGUCGACGCGAAGGAUGUCAUCCGCGAUGAUGGAUCCAAGGUCAUUGUCAUGAAGCACCCCUCGUGGAAGUCGGAAUUCGUUGGUCUAUACCAAACCUUCUUCACCGACCCGUACAUCAUCCUUCUUUUCCCCAUGUUCCUGGCAUCCAACUGGUUCUACACCUACCACUUCACCGAGAUCAACGCUGCAUACUUCAACGUCCGCACCCGAGCUCUCAACGGCGUCGUCUACUACAUUAUGCAGAUCGUGGGUGCCUACGUCUUUGGCUAUGCGCUCGACAUCAAGGGUGUCCGCCGUACCACUCGUGCUAAGGCUGCGUGGGGUGUGCUUUUCGCGACCAUCAUGAUCAUCUGGGGCUUCGGAUACAUGUUCCAGAAGACCUACGACCGCGCCUGGGCCGAGGACGAGACAAACGAGAAGAAAGACUGGUCUGACGCAGGUUACGCCGGCCCCUUCGUCCUCUACAUGUUCUACGGAUUCUCCGAUGCCGCUUGGCAAACCUCUGUCUACUGGUUCAUGGGUGCUCUGACCAACAACAGCCGCAAGCUCGCCAACUUCGCUGGUUUCUACAAGGGUAUCCAGUCCGCUGGAGGUGCCAUCACAUGGCGUUUGGACGACACCAAGAUUCCCUACAUGACCAUGUUUGCUAGUAACUGGGGACUGCUCGCGGGCAGUCUGGUUGUUGCUCUACCUGUCAUUCUCUGGAAGGUUGAGGAUACUGUUGCCAUCGAGAAGGAUAUUGCUUUCACCGACGAGACAGUCGCAGAAGUUGCCCCCAAGGCGGUUGUUCACUCAACGCCUGGUGACGCUGAGAAGGUCUAGUUAGGCCUCUGGAGUGUUUUCAUGACCGGGACUUCAUGGGUAAUGACGGUGUUCUUCAGCGGUACUUGUUAGUUUAUGAUACCUCGGCUGGAGUUGCAGUAGCGGGAACAUGGUCGAUUCAUUGCAGAUUUAAGGAGGUUUCUAUAUGAUACUGCAGUCCAUAGGCUUCAUAGUGCAUCAGAUGGGUUGGCUCGACAUUACGGCAGUGCUACGAACAAUAGUCUCCGGUGUUCCUAAUGAAUGAACAUCUACUUUCAUUA